AUGAGAAGCAGCGCCGUGCACAGUCCAGUAAUUGUGGGAAGAAAUAGCGCAAGUGUUGGCUCGAAUGGGAGGUCCAUGUUUUCCUCUGUCUCUUCCAGCUAUCACACCUAUUGUGGGCUAGGUAGUGCCAGAGGCAAUUCCUCCCGCUUUGAAGGUCGUUCCACCUAUGACUAUGGAAUUGGCCAAAGCAACUUUCUGAGCAGCGGUUGUAGUGGUGCAUUUAUCAGGGGUGGCCAUAGGAGGAGAAUGAGUACAGGUAGUUGCCCCAGCGGUUAUCCUCCAUUUGGCUAUGGGGAUGGGCUAGCUGAAGUCAGGUCUGAUGGAGCUGGCAAUGGAGUUGGCGGGGUGGGCGGUAAUCCCGAAGCUUGCGGCAUUGCCUUUUCUUCUACUGACGGAAAGGCGGUCAUGCAGGACCUCAAUGACCGCUUGGCCAGUUAUAUAGACCAAGUGCGAUGCCUGGAGGCUGGAAAUGCUGAGCUUCAGUCCAAGAUCAGUGAUUUCCAUGCCAAGAACAGGUUGGCUGGUGAACCGAAGGACUACAGCCACUAUUACCAGCAGAUUGAGGAGCUUCAAAGCCAGAUAGUAUGUAAAACAGUGGAGAACAACAGUAUAAUUAUCAAGAUUGACAACAAUCACCUGAACGUUGAAGACAUGAAGCACAAGCUUGAUACUGAAUGUGGCCUUCGUGAGAAUGUGGAGGCCGACAUUAAUGGCUUAUACCCCAUUUUGGAUCAACUGGCCAGCUGUAAGACUGACAUGGAAGCUGAGAUGGAGUCACUGCAAGAAGAACUGUCUGGUCUCAAAAAGAAGCACAAAGAGGAAUUAAUCUGUUUGCAAGAAUGCUCAAAUGAUGUCAACAUGGAAAUCAGUGUCUGCCCCGGUCCAGAUCUGAAGAACAUCCUGGAGGAGAUAAGAUGCAAGUACGAAGCAACGAUCGACUCAAACCACAAGGAGGUUGCAGAGUGGUAUGAAGGCAAGCUGGAGGAAGUGAACCAGGAAAUCUGCACCACUAGCAAGGAAGCUGAGGAUGGCAGCCAUAAGGCCAUUGAUCUGAAACAUCAGCUGCAGGCCUUAGAGAUUGAUCUCCAAGCCCAGUGCAAUCUGAGAGACACACUGCAAGUGUCAUUGGCUGAAGGAGAACAUCGCUACAAUGCUCAACUAGCCGAAAUACAGGACCGCAUCUCCUGCAUGGAGCAGCAGCAGGCAGAGCUGCGCUUGGAAAUGGAGGGCCAGGACCGGGAAUACAAAGAUCUCCUGGAUGCCAAGAACCGGUUGGAGCAAGAGAUCCAGACCUACCGCAGCCUGCUAGAAAAUGUGCCCGGCAAAGUACAUGCCACCCCAUGA